AUGAACGUUUCUUCCACCUGCUUUCAUGUUGCAUUCUCCCACUGUGUAUAACAAGUACGAAGUUAUGACUACCAUCACUACCUCUGCCUCCUUCAUUUCCCUCCCGAGAUGCGACAACUCACUUUUGCCCUCCGAGCUUUCAACGUAGAUAUGGCUAAAGCCGUGGAUGUUGCAUCUGAUCUAAGAAUCGACUUCAUGAGGUUACUUUGGUGGCAAGAGGCAAUCGAUAAACUCUACACGGGAAAGCAAAUAAACGAUCCAACUGCACAUGUUCUGCCAUGGGUAAUAUCUGAGCAUAAGAUUAGAAAAUCAUGGUUAAAAUGCUCGGUUGAAGCCAGAAUACGAUAUGCCCAAAGAGAAGCCAGUGAUUUACCAGAGAACAUCGACACGUUCGAGAAAUAUGCAGAGGAUAUAGUUUUGGCUCUUCUCUACAAUAUCCUUCAUGCAGACGGUAUCAGAUCAACCAUGACUGACCAUGCAGCUUCACACAUCGCCGAGAAACAUGGAUUACUUGUAAAAGAAACCGGGCAGUUAGAGAUCCGUCUAGAUCCAAAGAAUUCUAGAGAAGGGUUGUGCAAUGUGGUGUUCGAUAUCGCUUCUAUUGCAAAUGUUCAUCUUCUGAAAGCACGAGAAUUGGCGGGAAGGACAGGAGCUAAACCUGUUCUGCUCCAAUCUGUGCCGCCGCAAGUUUUGUUGGAUUCUGUACAAUUCGAUGUUUUCAAUCCGAGGUUGCAUAAAGGAGUUUUGGGUGUUCUUCCUUUGUGGUUUCAUUGAAAACUCAAGUGGUAUUCAUGGAGAGGACAAUACCGAAACUUGCAUUAUGAUUUAUGA